CAGCUGGAGGAGGAGGAGGAGGAGGAGGUGUUAGUGGUCAGGCUCCCCCUGUGGUCACUGACGGUACUCCAGCUGAACCAUGCUCUGACCAGAGGCUUGAAGCUGAAUAAUGACUAGUGUGUGUGUGUGUGUGUGUGUGUGUGUGUGUGUGUGUGUGUGUGAUCGUACUUCCUAGCGAUUGUGGUCACUCGGAUGCGUCUCUGUCCCGAUGAGUGUUGAUACUGAGAGACGAACUGAAUGGCGCCGCGGCCGCCCUGAGGAAUCGGAGCGUUGUGCUGCGGAGACAUGAGGUCAAAGGUCAGCUGCGAUCUGAUUAACGAGUCGUACUAAAAGUGUUUGUGUUGCUUGGGUGACACGGCGCGCGCCGACAGCGGGGCUGAUGGGAGGACUUGAGCUGCAGAGAGUGAACCGGCGACACGUGUGUGUUUGUUUGAUGAGAGCAGCGCGCGGCGCUCUGAUUGGCUGCUUCACACCUGAACCUGAGCUGCUGGUCUGGGGUCAGCAGGAGGAUGAAGAUGAUUACACAGCUGCACACCUGUGAUUACCUGAGUCAGUCACACACACACACACAUAUAUAAAGACAAACACACACAUCCACAAAGGAUAUUGGAGGUUUGGUUUGUGUUGACUUUACAGUCAGUAGAUUACCUGUGUGUGUGUGUGUGUGUGUGUGUGUGUGUGUGCUCCUCAUCAUAUUCUCAGCAGGUGACGGACAGGUGCGUCAUGGUAACGCAGCCUGUGGGAACACACUCUGCGAGGCGUUCACUUCACAUUCAGAUCGUCUGAAGGAUGUGAAGCAGAACCGGAGCAGAGCUGCAGCUCCAGUCGGACCGUGGAGCCGGACGCGCCAGGACCCGGUCCAGGAUCAGCUCAGGAUCAGGAUCUUUCCCCAGAUCAGCUCUGAGGUCAGGACCCGGUCCAGAUCUCUGGAGCUCUCUGGAGGGACCAGGAGCCUCAGACCAGGACCCGGAGCAGGCUUGGGUCGAGUCGCUGUUGCCAGGGAAACGGGACGGAGCCGUGAGUGCGGCCGGUGAUGCCGCCGUCCUCGUGGUGAAGAUGUCAGAGGCUGUGAGGUGGCUGUACGGCGCUCUGAUGGUGGCGUCGAGCGCCACGGCGGUCCUGGGGAACCUGCUGCUCCUGCUGCUGCUGCUGCUGCAUCGCGAGCUGCGCUCCGACACGCGGGGCUUCUCGCUCAGCCUCGGCGUCAGCGACCUGGCCCUCGGACUCUCCACCAUCCCCUUCGGGGCCCACAACGGCUUGGCGGGGUGGGAAGGGCCUCCCAGCGGGGGGGCGCUGUGCCAGGGCAGCGCCUUCCUCUUCCUGCUGCUGCAGACCGCCUCGCUGCACUCGCUGGCCUGGGCCACCGUGGACAAGUUCACCGAGAUCUGCUUCGCGCUGAGCUACCGCCGCCUGUGGACGGCGGCGCGGAGCCGGGCGGCGCUGGCGCUGGUCUGGACCUUCAGCCUGCUGAGCGCCGCCCUGCCGCUGCUGGGCUUCGGCCGGUUCGCCUACAGCGAGUCGCGCUUCCUGUGCUGCCCGAGCUUCGCGCCGGAGCAGCGGCUGUUCGUGGCGCUGUGGAUGGCGGCGGGCGUGGUGGCGCCCAUCCUCACCAUGUGCUCGCUGUACGGCUACAUCGUGUUCGUGGCGCGGAAGCAGGCCCGCAGGGGGACGUUCCGCUGCAACGAGCAGCACUGCUUCUACGUCCCCGCCAACACCUACCUGAAGAGCUCCGUCGUCAUGGUAACCAACUCAGUGUGUCUGCUGCUGUGCUGGCUGCCCUACAUCUCAGUGUGUCUGUACGAGACGUUCAGCGGCCUCCGGAGUCCGGCGGCGCUCUCGGCUCUCUCCUGCUGGCUGUGUGUGAGCAGCGCGGCCUUUAACCCCUGGAUCAGCUGCCUGACGCAGACCAGGUACCGUGACGCCGCCCGCCGCAGCCUCGGGAGCUUCGUCAGGAAGUGCUGCUGCACGGAGAGGCCUGUGGAGCCCCGCCCCCAGAGCGCCUCCCUUCAGAUGGACGCCACCAAUCGCAUCAGCACCACCACAACAACAACAACAACAACAGCAACAAACACGCCACCUCUGACUUUGUCACCAAAACUCCAACACCACAGUGAUCCAGCCAGCUGACAUGCGCCGCAGCUCCUUCAUCAUCAUCAUCAUCACAGCUUGCUGCGCCCAGAGACAGAGUGCACUCUGGGAAAAUGUAAUUGCUUUGUAUUUGAUGUUGUGCCACAGUGAGACGGUUCAUCGCAGCCUGAAGGGGGCGCUGUCAGGAACCUCCAUGACGCCGAUGUGUGUUAAAUCCUCUCAGC